AUGCAGUCAGUUAAGGACCCCAACAAACCAUCCUCUCCGGGUACCUCACUAGAAGAGCAAUCCAUCACUUCCAUCGGCUCUUUCGGUUGCCAGUAUAAAGAAUCAGCCGGGUUGUUUGAUUUAACGACGGAAGAACCGAUAGCUGUACUUAUCACUUCAUGGGAAGCUGCCCCGGAGCACAGUGAUGUUGAUUGGUGUGGUACCCGUGCAUCAGCACGGUGCUGUGCGGAAGUGCGACGUCGUCUGUCUUCUGAUUGGCUAAUGUGGUUCAAUCUUUCGUACAAUCAUAUUAGAGAUAAUUUGUCGAUGGAUAUGGUGUUGACCUCCUCACGACCAGUUUGUCCCGCAGUUGCCGGCUUGCCCUAUUUGGCAUUCAAUUCUAUACAUUAUCAGGAAUUGGGAUUCUGUCGACUUCGACUGGUCUCAGUACCAUCCGAAAGUUUGGAGGAUGUCAAGUUUACGAAACUCUGA